AUGGCGCCCAGUCCAGGUCCUGCCUUUGACGGCCUCAACGGUGGCUCGAGACUCCGGCGGGACGUCCAGCAAGACCUCGUCUCUCGGAGCUCUGUAUCUAGGCGAAAGGGCAAGAUGGGAGAGGUGUAUCGGGCGGUGGCCGAGGUGGAGUGCGGGACGGACGUGAGCGUGGACACCUUCCGAGGCUGCCUAGCCACUCCAGAAACCAGGCCUCAAUGGGACCGAAUGGUGGAGGAUGCAGCGACGCUGGAUCUGCUCGAUGCACAUACCAGGGUCACGAGAACGAAUUACCGCUUGGGCUGGCCUUCAAGCCCUCGAGAUACAGUCACACUCGGCAAGACAUUCGUCGACCCAUACACGCUCAUCGACAUUUCCACCUCCGUACCUCGUACGCGCAACGAGCCUCCCUAUCUUCGUCCCGCACCACCGCAUGUUCGAGCCCAUGUCGCCCUGCUCGCUUGGUGCAUCCAGCUUCCGGGACCAGGGCAGGACAUACCACCAGGUCGAGCACGGAUCACUUGUAUGUGGUCAUGGGAUCCCAAGGGAUCAUGGGCGGUCGGUGGAGGUGUCCCUCAACAUCUACCCUCAGUGGUGGUAGGGCUGGUGGACUACGUGCGGGAGGGAAGCGAAAAGGUGCCGGUACUGCGGAGUUACGGUCCGGAUGUCAGCAUCGGUUCGGUCGGGUACGACACCUCUCGAGUCACCCUCUCGGUCGGCUACGCAAUCGUCUCUGGCGAGACGGGCGGAAAUGAGCACCUUCGGCGGCAGGUCGAAUUCGGUAUAUCGUCAACCCAGUCUUGGGACGUCCAAAUACACGUCAAGACGCAGCACGGAGAAGAAUCGCCCUCCACGGUCUGGACGUCCUUUGUCGGGCAGGCGCCUUCCAACGUUGCUGGACAAGCGCUGCCGAAACGACUCGUCCUGCGAUUCGCGCAUGCUCCACUGGCGGACGGGGAGGAGAUGGUUCGGGUCAGCGUUUCGAUCGAGCGGACCUCCUCCUCAUCUGGCGUACGCAUCAACGGGAUUCCCGUCACGGUAGAGCCAAUGGAGAGGCCAGCGUCUAAGCGACCGCUGCUGCAAGACGGCGCCAGCGGAAGCGCCAUAUCCGUCAAUACGCUCAGUACGAUGGAGAGUCCGGUGCAGAUGGAGGACCACAAGUCGGGGAGAACACUAACAGCGGAGAAGUCUAUCGCUGGACUGGUCAGAAGGAACUACAUCUACUUCACAUCACUGCUGCAAGAACCCGAACCAAAAUGGCGUCCAGUCCUCGACUCUCGCGGAGUGGCAGUACACCAGCUCAACUCGAUCGACAAAACCCUCGUCGUCUUUCGGGCUGAGGCGGUCCUCGUCGGCGUCGGUAUCUGGGACCUCUUUGCCAUCAUAUCCAAUCCUAGCAGCCGGAUUGUCUGGGACAAAUCGCACGAAGAGGCGACGAUGCUGGAGGACGUCAACGAGCUCAGCGAUUUGUGGUAUACCAAAUCCAAAGCAGCAUGGACGGUUGCUGCUCGGGACUCGGUCAUGCUGCGGACCACAUACAAAUCGCCGAGCUCGAUCCACGUCUUUGGGUUCUCCGUCGACGACACGGACCUCUUUCCUCGGAUACCCCCAAGUAUCGACCCAAACGUCAUUCGGACCCAGAUAGACCUGCAAGGCUGGUCGGUCGAAUCCUUAUCGCCAAAUACAACUCAGGUCACUCUGCUCGAGCAGAGCGAUCCUCGAGGCUGGUCCAACAAGUCCUCCAUUCCGCAAGUGAUGAUGUCUACUCUGGCAGGAAUAGGCGAAUUCGCCAUCAAGCACGGUGCGCCCCCGGCGGCCACCCGGCUCGGCGGCGCCAAGGCCAUCGCGUGCAAGUAUGACCUUGAGCGCGAGUCGUACCGGUUCGAGUACGAGUCGGCGAGCGCACGGCGGUCGGGCUCGUCCAGUACCCAUACGGCGUUCCCGCUUCCCGUAGCGGUCAAGGACCCGGGCGAGUCGGGGAGUCUCAAAUCCCUCGACGUCAAGCGUCCCGUCAACAAUAUCGAAUGCGAGAUACGGUGCGACGCGGAGAAAUGGGGAAGCAACAUCAUCCUCGUUGUUGAUCCGCCUCAGGUCGCUAUUUCGGCGCUAAAGCGGCAUCGGCUCUCCCCGGGCGGUGGUGGGCUAUGGCUCACUAUCGAGCAUGACCCCGUCAGCCUCGGGUCGGACAAGGUCACCAUCACGGUUCGACGGGGGACGGCGGUGCCGGGGGCCAAGCCGGCGCUGUCAGUGAACGGGCAAAAGGUCAAGAUUGACGUGGAGGACCUGACCGAGGUGGAUGUUCAGCUGCUCAAGAAGCAAAAGAGGGCAAGGGCGACUCGGGCCCCCCUGGACCAGCCUGCCGCGCUCGGCACACUGCGGAAACGGCAAAGCGGGAUGGACCUCGGUAGCACCAUCAAAUUCGAGCCCUUCCGGACACUCACUCCGUCCACCUAUUCUCGCUUCGCUCUUCCCCUCGCGCGCAUUUACAACGUCGCUGCCGAGACUACCCGCGCGGCCAUCAUCCCCAUGGCGGUUCCGGCUCCCACACCGGCCGAUGGCGCCACCCCGGUCGACGCGGCUGUCCAGGCGCUGAGGCAGCUCACGCGGAUGCAUGCCGAUCGGGAGAGCGAGUCUACCGAUCCAUUCGGGUGGCAGCCAGUGACGGAUAGGGAAGGGCUGAAGAUUGAAAAGAGGGUCGUCUCGCACGUUUCGGAGACGUUUCCGGUGUAUCGAGCUGGGCGGAUCAUCGAGGGAUUUACGGCGGAAGAGGUGUCGGCCGCGGUGUCUAGUCUCCGCAAGACCGACACCUUCGAUAAGCCUGUCAUCCUCCAAUCGCACGGGCACGGCAUCGUCACCACCCAGAUCACUGGCCAUGCCAAUUACUUUUUCCGGAGUCGCUCCCUCCUCGUCGCUACUAUUGUGGCCAGACCUACCGAGGGACCUCCUCCGUCCCCCUCCGUCAGCUCAUCGCCCUCCCUCACCACCAUCUUCCACGCCUCCUCAUCCUCCUUCGACCCCGCCACUAUCGACUUUGAGGCCGCCAAGUACAACCCCCUCGCUCUACCUUCUGGCAACGUAAUCCUCGAGGGAUGGAUCAUCGAGACGAUCGAUCCCUACUCGCACGAGCAAUACGCUAUACCCUCCACCCGGUGCAUGUACGUCGGCGCAAUCGACUACAGCGGGAACGUUCCGUCAAGCAUGAACAAUAUGCUCAAUGCGUCUCUUCCUCGAGCCAUAUUGGUCAUCGAGCAGGCGCUCAAAACGGCGGGGACGCCAAGUCGCGCUCGUCUGCCCGCGAUUGGCGUUAUCGCGCCUGAUACCGCGGCGCAAGGGGCAUGGAGUUUGGAAGGUGUGGAUGGAAGCCGGGUGGGCGUGCAGCAGAGGAACGACGGGGACGAGUAUUCGUUGACGGUGGCGGUCCAGCCAACAUCAGCGACCAUCAAAGACGGGGAUGCGCUUCUGUCGCCCGGACUCAGGCACAACGAGUCGAGGUCAUCCUUCCACUCUGGCCGGUCAACCGUCAUCGACCUCGGCGAAGACAUACGUCGAGGACGGCAGGACCUCACUCUCGCCGAAAUCGAUAUUGGCAGCGGGACGGCCGGGUGCGAGAUUUCCAUUCGAGGCGUCUCGUUGCCUAUCGCUCAAAACACUUCGUCCGACGGACUCUUGUCCCUUACACUCCCAUCCAGUACCCUUGACCUACCGUUCAAGGUCGCCAUCAUCGCCUUGGCUCCAUCAGUCCUUCAGUCUGCGUCCCUGGACCCGACCGUUCCCGCUCGGCACCUCCUCCGCGUCACUCUCCCCACAUCCGGAUACGAAGCGCCCAUCUCGGACCCCCUCACUGGCAAGACCGGCCCGCUGCCCCGGCCACGGUGGCUCCUCGACCUCAUCGAGGACGGGGUGGUGGUGGAUAUACGGCUGAAGUCGGUGCCAGGUCUGAAGGGAAAGUAUACGUACAACGGGGUGGACGUCAUACCGGAGGAUGAGAAGCGCUCAAAGGUAUCAACGGCAAGAGCGAGGAUGCCUCAAUUAGUCAAUCGCGAUACGCCCAAAGCUGGAGCAUAUGGCCGCGCCGCCAAUGGUGUCGUCCGAGUCUCGCGCAAGCAUCUCCUCGGAUGUGCCAACUACAGCGGAAGUCACAAAAUCGACCGAGAAAAGCUGAUCCAGACACCCGAGUUUGUGCGCCCAACACUAGCGGAAUCUGCGUCGCGGUACACCUUCUGGAAGUAUCCCCGCAUGCGCGCCAAUACCGUCCUGUCGCCCAUGAAAACAGCAGCCAUCAUGCCUCCUACAUCGAUCACAUCCGAGAUAUCCACCACUACCGACGCUCCCCAACCUGACAUACCGACCGUUCCACUGCCUCUCGCCAUCAUCGCAUGCCUCCUCUGCCUGCUCAUCGGCUCCCUCGCCAGAUCAUUCCUGUACGAAGCGGACUUUGUUGUAUAUUUACCUGCAGGGAUGCAGAGACCACCGGGGCGGCACUGGCGGGAGCUGCGGAGGCCAUCACAAAGCGUACAUAGCAAUGUAGCUGGGUCGUUCUUGGCUUGGGCCAAGGCUCGGUCCGCGGCCCGCGGGAGAGCCAUUAUGAUCUGCUGCCGAGGGAGUCACACGCCUCCGACGAUCGCUCGGAGUAAAUCAGGCCAGACGUCUGGUGAAGAUCCGGAUGGACCGGCAGCGAGGAAGUGUAGACAAGGUAUGGAAGAUCCUCUUGCGGCUAUCGUUGGCUUUUGA